UAACUUUGAAUUUAACUCCAGUUCAUUUUUCAUCAUUUCUCAUAACAUUUGUGACGCAUAAAACCAGCAGAAACCAGUGAAUAAUCUGUGGUGGUAACAAUAAUCCAGAUAAUCCAGAUGUUCAGGCAGGAGUAACUGUUGUUGCUCUAACUCCCGCUCUCUCACCCUUUCUCCCCCCUCUUCCAGGAGGUGAAUUAGUCUUGCCUAUUAUAACAGUGGACUCCCUUGAGCCUCCCUCCAUCGCCACCCGUUACCCUGUCAUCCCUCCUCCCCCCACCCUCCUGUCCCCGCUCGAAACCACCAAAGAGUCCCUGAUCCUCCCCCCUCACCCCUCCUGCCCCCCGGACCAGGAGGACUGCGGUGACCCGGUGGAGGUCUCGGCCUUCGGCUCGGGCGAGAUGACGGAAUCGGACGACGAGGACUUUUACAACAACAACAACUCCCCCAUGGUCACUGACAGGACAGUCCUUCCUCCACCUCCCGCCGCCGGUGAAGGUGGAGUCCAGAAGCCCCGCCCCCUGCCUCCUUAUGUUCCCACCACCAACCCUGACCAGCUCCACAUCCCCGCGGGCAAAAUGAACACCCGCGACCAGGUGCUCCUGCCCCCUGCCCCUCCCUCCUCCCGAAACACCCCGGGACUAACUUACCCCCCCAAUUUCCCCCAUGUGCCCACAGCCUACCCCACUGUCUCUGAUGACAAGAACCAGCCCGGUGCCGUGGAGGUGAUCAGGGAGUCCAGUAGCACCACGGGGAUGGUGGUCGGCAUCGUGGCCGCCGCCGCCCUCUGCAUCCUCAUCCUCCUCUACGCCAUGUACAAGUACCGCAACCGGGACGAGGGCUCGUACCCGCCGGACCAGAGCCACGGCUUUGCCAACAGUUCAGCCGUGGAGGGCAACGGCGCCGUGGUCAAGGACAAAAACACGGCCACGGCCUCCGUGGCCAUGUCCAUCACAAAGGGUAAAAAGAACAAAGACAAAGAGUACUAC